AUGGUGAAGACAAGCAGAGGAAAUCCGAGUAGGAGAGGUAAGAAGACAUCGAAGAAAGAUGGUUCUCCAUCGAAUCCGAAGGCCAAGAAGACAUCGAAGAAAGAUGCUUCUCCAUCCUUCGAUCCAAUUUCAGUUCCACUGGAACCUAAAGUAGAAGCAACAGAAGCCCCCGGAGAAGAAAUAGAAGCAACAGAAGUCCCCCGAGAAGAAAUAGAAGCAACAGAAGUCCCCAGAGAAGGAAUAGAAGAUGGGAAUGGUAAGGAAGAUAAAGGUGACAGUCAAGCGGGUGAGAAUGGAGACGAAAAGGAAGAUGGCGAGGAAGAAGAAAAUGGAGGUGAUGAUAAUGGAGAAGAAGGGGAAGAAGAAGAUGGAGAUGGCGGUUCUGAAAAUGUAGAGGAAGAGGAAGAAGAAGAUGGAGAUGGCGGUUCUGAUAAUGUAGAGGAAGAGGAAGAAGAUGGAGAUGGCGGUUCUGAUAAUGGAGAGAAAGAGGAAGAAACCAAAUGUAGGGACCAAUGUAGAGGAAGCAGAAGAAACCAGACAUGA